AUGGCUUGGCCAUACGAAUUUGCCAGUCUCACCCACGAGGAGAAGUUGCUGCGCCGCCAAUCACUCGAUCUGUAUGCAUGCAUUGCUCAUUAUUCUGCUCUUGCGCCAGCUCUUCUUUUCUUGCUAUAUCGCACUCUCAAACACCUUGCUCUAAAGGUUCGGCCUGGCUCAUCAAGCGAACAGGGCCGAUACUCUGCUGUUCCGAGAUCACCUAUUGUCAAGGCACAGCGGCAGAGCUCAUCUGAGCAAGUUGCCUCGCAAUGGCGUCGGUUUGUAUGGUGGUUGAGCGAUGAUGUCUACUUUGCUGGCUCUCAUUGGGGCCAGAGGGAUGAAUGGAUUCUAGGAUUCAUCUGGACAGCUUGGUUGCUGGUCCUCUCCGUCAAAGGGACAGGCAAAGAUUAUUUCCAUCUUACCAAGCGAUUUGGUGCCAUUGCCGUCUCACAAUUGCCUAUUCAAUAUCUCUUGGCGCUCAAGGCACUCAACCCCAUAGCUUGGGUUUUCAACUCAUCCCACGAACACAUCAACCGGUACCAUCGAGUUUUGGGACGCAUCAUCUACGGCUUCCUCUGGCUUCACCUGCUAUUCUACAACAUCUACUUCAUAAUAGCCGGCAUUUGGUUCAAGCGCAUCCUCGACACCGUUGUAUUCUGCGGCGUCCUCGCAUCCUUCGGAUUUCAUGGCGUUGCAACCACAGCCAUGCGCAAGGCCAGAGACUAUUCAUACAGACUCUUCUUUAUCACCCAUCUCGUCGUGGCGCUAUUCGUGCCCAUCUUGCUCUUCUUCCACGCCUCAUCAGCCAGAUUCUACAUUGCAGAAGCCUUUGCCAUCUUCGUAGUUGACCUGGCAGUGCGGCGCAUCACAACCAUCAACUCCCCAUCCACGAUGGAAACCAUUCCCGGAACGAGUCUCGUCAAAGUCACCUCUUCUAUCCCCUUGCACAAACUUGCUCCCUUCCGCGCUACUCCCGGCUCACACAUCUACCUAAGUCUUCCGCCGCAAGGUCGCACCACAACAGUUCCAUCUUCCAAGUCCGGCGUAUUUGACUACUUAUACAAUCCCUUCACCAUUGCUACAGUCGAUGACGAAGAUGGCACAAUAAGUUUCAUCGCUCGCGUCAGAAACGGACCCAUGACAAACGUCCUCUCGGAUUUCUCCUCUACCAAGCCUCAAUCUCCCCCAGAAUCCCGCAAGAUCACCCUCGGCAUCGAAGGACCAUACGGCACCAUGACCAUCCAUUUCAACGAUCUUCUCGCUUGGGGUGCUAAUAAAGUUCUCCUCGUAUCAGGUGGAGUAGGCGCAACAUUCACUCUACCCAUUUAUCAAGCCCUCCAGAGCGAAUUACCCUCUGCAAAACUUCAAUUCAUAUGGGCCAUUCGUGGUGCCGGCGACGCCACCUGGGCAAUAUCAAACCAAACGACAGGAAAGAGUGUGCUCGAAGAUCCCAACAUCCAGCUCUUUUUGACUGGGGAUAUGGGUGUAGGAGAUGACAGUGACAAUGCCGCAGGAGGCGCAAUGGAAUUAUCCAGCAUGCGUCGGGCGAAUGGCCGUCUGACAGCGAAUCAUAAUCACAAGAGGCCCAAUAUCGAAAAGAUCGUGGACGACAUGUUCCGGGGGAGUGGUGAUGAUUCCGUUGCCGUCAUAGCUUGCGGUCCCAUAGAGAUGACGAGGGAGGUUCGGCAAAGGGUCAGGACCCAUGUUAUGAAGGGUAGAAGAGUUUGGUGGCACAGCGAGACGUUUGGUUGGUAA